AUGGAUGAUUCCAAGCAGGUUAUGAAAUAUGGAUAUAGGCAAUUCCUUCAUGUGAAGCGCAGAAGAGUCUGCGUCAGCCCACAUAGUCUCACUAUUAAGCAGUGGAUGCGAGCUGAAGCAGCCAAGGAACAUGGCAAAGACAACAAUUGCCAUAAGAAGAAACACAAUGGCAAGAAGAACAGGAAGGGCCCCAUCAGGAGAAAACAUGAAACAGCCAGCCCUAAAACGCCUUAUUAG